CCCGCUGGCGGCGGCGGCGGCGGCGGCGGCGGCAUCGGGGCAGCUGCCUUUGCGCGGCCUGGCCAUGGCGUGGACCAAGUACCAGAUGUUCCUGGCCGGGCUCAUGCUAAUCACCGGCUCCAUCAAUACCCUCUCGGCCAAAUGGGCUGACAUGUUUAUGAUUGAGGGCUGUGGAGCAAGCCAGGCCCAAAGCUUCCAGCAUCCUUUCCUCCAGGCAGUGGGUAUGUUCCUGGGAGAGUUUUCCUGCCUAGCAGCCUUCUACUUACUUCAGUGCAGAAUUCGGGGGCGCAUAGAUUCUAGUGUGGAACCCCAGCAGUCCUUCAAUGCCCUUCUCUUCCUGCCCCCUGCUCUCUGUGACAUGACUGGGACCAGCAUUAUGUAUGUGGCCCUGAACAUGACUAGUGCCUCAAGCUUCCAGAUGCUUCGCGGGUCUGUGAUCAUUUUCACAGGUCUUCUCUCCGUGGCUUUCCUGGGACGAAAACUGCUUCCAAGCCAAUGGCUGGGCAUCCUUGCCACGAUUGCUGGCUUGGUGAUUGUGGGUCUGGCUGACCUUAUGAGCAAGCACGACGAUCAACACAAGCUCAGCGAUGUGAUUACAGGGGACCUGCUGAUCAUCAUGGCACAGGUGGUUGUCUCUAUCCAAAUGGUGCUGGAGGAGAAGUUUAUCUACAAGCACAAUGUGCACCCACUUCGGGCUGUGGGUACUGAAGGGCUCUUUGGCUUCGUGAUCCUCACGGUGCUGCUGGUGCCCAUGUACUACAUCCCUGCCGGCGCCUUCAGCGGCAACCCCCGGGGCGUGCUAGAAGACGCGCUCUACGCCUUCUGCCAGAUGGGCAGGCAGCCGCUCAUCAUCGUGGCACUGCUGGGCAACAUUAGCAGCAUCGCCUUCUUCAACUUCGCCGGCGUCAGCGUCACCAAGGAGAUGAGCGCCACCACGCGCAUGGUCCUGGACAGCCUCCGCACCGUGGUCAUCUGGGCCGUCAGCCUGGCGCUGGGCUGGGAGACUUUUCACCCGCUGCAGAUCCUGGGCUUCUUUGUCCUUCUGACGGGCACAGCUUUCUACAAUGGGCUGCACCAGCCCCUGCUGGCCCGCCUGCCCUGGCGCCGGCCUCCGGCUGAGGACCGCGAGAGGGAAAGCCUGCUUGGGGGCAGCCGUACCCCCAUCAAUGAGGACAGCUGAAGUCCUGCCAGGUCCACCCCACUUAACCCUGAACUUUAGGCUCCUUUUCCAUUAGGACAGGAAACCCUGGGAUCCUCAAAAGGAGCCUUGGAAAUGGGGUAUCUAAGGUCCUUCCCCCCCUUCCAUUGUCUUCUCUUUCAGGAGGACACUGGAUGUGCCACUGGGGUCAGAACCUGUUUCUCCUGCCCCUUCCUCUGACUGUUUCCUCAGCUUCCUUUGGCCCAGGACACACCCCAAAAUCUGCAGAGGGCCCAGGAGAGGGCUUGGGCUCCCCUGCCUCUGGCUCCAACCAUGUUAUGGAGAGUGAUAGACUGAUCCAGGCACCUGCACCAGGCACCAGGCACUGAUUCACCAAAUCACUAAUACAAAUUGAGUAGUAAUCAUUUCCCCAAAAUCAUGAGUCAAAUUUAGUUUAAAAAAAAAACAACCCUAAAUAUCACUUCAGAAUCAAACUUAAAACACUCUGUAUUUUCUCAGACCUUUGUACUGCUGGGUCAUCUGCAGAACACUGGCCAGUCGUGAGUUGAAUGGGCAAUCGGCUUGGGCAGUUUGGCUCCAAGCCGCCUCCUUUCUUUCUGCCUUGGUCCCGUGACAGGCUCCUGUCUACAAUGUGAGGGUAGUUCUGCUUAAGUCACAGGUGUUUGCUAGCUGUUCAUGCUGCUGCUGACGGCUGUCUGCCGCACAGCCCAGGUGCCAACAGGUACAGGCUAGGCAGGCGGGCCGGGGUUGCAGCUGGCUCUGCAGGAGGAGAGGGAGGAGAAACGGUCAGAGUGGCUCCUGGCAGAAACUCAGUGCUACUUGGAACUAUUACCUUUGGUAUCUCCUUUUCUUUUUUAAAGUAAAGCCAAAUAGAAGAGUGAUCCGUAAUGUGUGAGGUUUGGGGGUUUGACUGUGUUUUUGGCAGAGGGGAGUAUGAUGAGUAGAUAGACAAUAUCUGGGCAAAGAAUUCUGGAAUACUGGAGGUCUAAAGAAUUUUAGGCCUCAUCAAAUCUGGUCCCAGGACACUGGGUGCAUCCCUAUUGCAUCCCUAUGGGUUUAAUAACCUAUAGAGAAAGGCCUCCAAUUAAGUUGAGAAGUUUUGGGGCACAUUAUCUAACAGUUCUGUGAAGGUUAGUGUAGGUGUUUGUGUUUUUUCCUCCCACCAAUACUUCAGUGGUUAAGAUUCAGUCAAAGACUAAGUAAAACUGCUAGAGAUGUUAGUGCUAUCUCAAUUAAAAUUGAACAGAAAGAUAAAUUGAGGCAAAUCUCUGAGCAAGAUCAUGUUUAUUAGCAGGGCCAUGAUGAAUGUCAAUAAAUGCAUCAGGGGUUUGCCCCCAUUAAUGCCAAAGACCCUUAGCAUAGGACAGCUCACUUGGUGUGGGUUUGGGGGAGUACAGAACAAAGAGCAGAGCAGGGUAAAUGAGUCAUGGGAUUAAGGACAAUAGGAUCAGUUAUAGAACCAAGGCAAAGAAAACAUGAUUGAUUGAAAGUUUGUUAAUGGUAGUUAGCAACAAACCCCUUUCAUCUUUUGGGAGAUUUAAGAAAUGCUUAUUGUCUGAAUCCAGGUGCAAAAUAGCAGGCUAGACACUUGGGCAGCAAACCAGACAUCCUUGAAGGAAAGCCUAGUGGUGUAAAGAUAUCAGGCUCAACACUCUUGCAUUCACAUCAUUUUCCAAGAUCAGUUACAUUCAAGUUAGCUAGCUGGAGAACUGAACUUCUAAACGUGACCCAUUAAAAGCUAGCCAAAUCUCUGAACUAAGUGCAGAGAUAAAGAACUGUGACUUAAGCAAUUAUAGGACAAAAGCAAUUAAUUAGAAAUGGGAUCAAUUCAAUCUAAUUAGUGCUAUGAAACCUUUUUUUAGGUUUGGGAUUAUGAAGCCCAGCUCUGCCAUUUCUUAUUCAUAUGACAAUAGGCAAAUCCUUUCCAGGCUUUGAAGGUUUCCUGAUCUGUAAAAUGAGAUCAGACUAAAUGAUUUUCAAGGUCCCUUCAAGUUAUGAGUCUCUGGUCCUGUGCUCCCUGGUUGUGCCAUUGACAGUCCUACAAUAAGGGCAGCAACAAUUAACUUUUUGAACAGAAGCACUGUAAGGAAUGUGCAAUAAUUGCUUACAUUUACACAGCACGUUAUCAUUGGUAAAGAAUUUUUCUUAUAACAACUUGGUAUAUCUGUUAGUAUAAAUAUGAUUACACUCACUUUAUAGGUACACAAACAGGCUUUAAGGGGAAGAAGCAGGUCACAAACCUAAGUCAUCCAACUCUUUCCUGUGUGUUCUGCCUUGUCCACUACUUAUCAAUGUAAUUGCUUCUCCAUUGCCCAUAUAAUAUCUGUGGUCCUCAAACCUUGACCUUCAGGUGACUCAGCUCACUGAUUUUGCAAUUGGCACCAUUAUCCUCCCAUUCAUUCAGGCUUGAAAUAGCACCACUUUGGGUCUGUCCCUUUACCUUCCCUGUAGCAGCUCAAGUCUUUGUUGAAUAUUAUACUAAUUAUAAACAGCUGUUUUUAGGAUCAGAGCUACAAAGGGAAAAGGAAAUCCUUCCCCAUCUCCAGGAAGCUUGCAUUCUUACAAGAUGGACACAGUACAAAUCCAUAAAUAUUAAGUGUACUUACAAGAUAGUUUGAGGACAGAGUCCCAAUAACUAACUAGGAGUCUCAGAAAAAGGUUUUGUGUUGUAACAUCUGAGCUGUGCCUUGAAAGAAACUUGCAAAGGGGAAUCAAGAAUAAAUUCUAGGCGUGGGAGACAACCCAUUCAGCCAUAGAAAUAGGAAACAGAAUAUGAGUUUUGGAGAGCAGCUAGUGGUCCAGUUUGGCUGAAACAAAGUGUGAAUGGGGAGUAAUAUAAAAUAAAUUGGAAAAAGUAGUUGGGAGAGAGAUUGGGGAAAGUUUUAGGCAAGAAAGAGCCAAUAAAGCUGUUUGAGUUGGGGAGUGACAUCAAAUUAGGAGUGUUGGGAAUAUUUAAAUUUCCUGAUGUAGAGGAAUAAAUGGCAUGCCUUUCAUAGGACACAAAAAGCCAGGAAAGAUCACAAUUAACACUGGAUUUUUUUUUUUUGAUAAAUCUAAUGAUUUUAAUGCAACAAGUCAUUGACUGCCUCACUUCAAGGCUAAAUUAUAGUAGAUACAUAUGGUGUUAUGAGGUCAGAACUGAUUUAUAAUUUUUGUGACUUAUGAUAGGAACAUAGAUAUAAGCUAUGUCUGUCCUCAGAUUUAAAGGUCCUUGGAAUUAUCAGAUCUUAAUGCCCCAAAAAGAAGGCUGUAGGCUUGGUAUGGCUAUCACUUCAACUGGGAAUCCUUGCAAUUUCUGGCUCUGGGGCACUUUCUAGAUAGUAUAUUAACCUCUAUUGAACUAGAUGGGGACAUGGACAAUUAGGGGCUCGAGUUUUCAGCCUUAAAUACACAUAAACAUCAUUCUAGCUAUAAGCUACCCUUCAAAUAAGCAAGGCUUCUAUUAAUCCCCUUUAAGAAAUAUUCCAAGGCAAGGCAAUAGUUGUCUGAUAGGCAUCUUAAACUCAACAUAUUCAAACAGAGUCACUAUUUUUCCCCCCAAAUCUCCCCCUUUUCUGAGAAUCCUAUGGAUGAUGAGUCAGGAUCCAAAAAGAUCAACAUGAGCAAUAGGCCGAGUCUAAUAAAGUAAACUUCAGUAGACAUCAUGCAGAGUCUGAUAGGUUAAAGAAAAUAACUUUGCAUUCACAAGAUGAGAGAGGUAUAUUACACAUGAAUCAGCAGUAUGAUGUAGCAGCCAAAAAUGUCAUGGGAUCUCAGGCAGUGUUGAGAGACAGCAUCUGGGAAUGAGGAAGAGAGAUUGUCCCUAUUUCAGACCUUAUCUAAAGUAUUGUGUUCAGUUCUGGCCACCAUGUUUUUGGAAGGAUGUUGAUAAGAUGAACAGAAUGCAGUGAAGAUGGUGAAGAGCCCAAAGUUCAGAUCAUGAGAACUGACAGAAUUAGGUAUACUGAGCCUGGAAAAGAAAAGACUGAGGAGGAAAGAAAAGACUUGUUCUUUUUGCCUCCAGAGAGCAGAAGUGUGGGAACAAUGGGUGGAUGCUGCAAAGAACUAAAGUUGGAUUUGAUAUCAGGAAAGACUUGAGACAGGUGGAGCUAAAACUGGAGUGAAUUGACUCAAGUGGAUUUCCCCUCAAUGGCAGUUUUCAAGCACAGGCUAAAAGACCAUAUAUUGAGUAUUUUUUAGAGUGUUCUUUAUUGAUUUCUUUUUACAUCUACAUUUUCCUGUAUAUUCCUGCUUUCUACAAAGCCAUUCCUUAUACCGAAGAACAGAAUAACCAACACAUUGAAAAAGUCUAAAAUUAUCUAUGGUGUUCCACACUCACCCUACCUCUGCAAUAGAGAAAGCAAGGAAUCCUAUAUUUUCUCUGGGGCUAAAUUUCAUCAUAAUUUCACAACCUUCAGUUUCAAAUGCUUUAUUCUUUCCAUUUAUAUUAUCCUUGCUUCCUAUAGUGCUUGCUCAUCUGACUACCAUCAGUUCAGUAAGUUUUCCCCAGCUUCUCUGAAUUCAUUAUAUUCAUCUUUUACAGGAUUGCAAUUACAGAUACAAUCUACCACCCCUUGUUUAGUUAUUCCCCCAUCAAUUGUGGACUUGAGUUUCUAAUAGACUUUCUUUUCUAAAUCCAGUGAUCUUAAUGCAACAAGUCAUUGACUGCCUCACUUCAAGGCCAAAUACAGUAGAUACAUAGUAAAUGGGUUUAGUCAAUGGUGUUACUGAGGUCAAAAUUGAUUCUAGUUUUAUAGUUUUUGUAACUUAUGAUAGGAACAUAGAUAUAAAGUUAUAUUUGCUCUGCACUUAGGUUUAAAGGUCCUUAGAAUUAUCAGAUCUUAAUGCCCCAAAAGAAGGCUGUGAAGAUAGUAUGGAUAUCACUUCAACUGAGAAUCCUUGCUAUUUUUGACUCGGGGGCACUUGCUAGAUAGUGUGCUCAAUCUCCUCUAUUGAGCUAUAUGGGGACAUGGACAGUUGAGGAUUCUAGAGUUUUCAGCCUUAAAUAUACAAACAUCAUUCUAGUUAUGUUACCCUUCAAAUGAGCAAGCCUUCUAUUAGUCCCCUUUAAGAAAUAUCCCAAGACAAGGCAGUAGCUAUCUGAUAGCCAUCUUAAACUCAACGUAUUAGAGUCACCAUUUUCCCCAAAAAACCCCUCCUUUUUCUGAGCUCCUAUAUUUCAAUCUUUAAUCCAUUUAGAUUUAUAACCUUGAAACCAUCUUCAAUUCCUUUCUCUCCACACUUCCCAUGUCUUAUCCAUUCAGACUAAAUAUUCUUCCUCAUCUCUCCCCUUCUCUAUUCACACAGUCACUACUCUGGUUCAGGCUCCCAUUUUCUCUUACCUGGACUACUGAAAUAGUCUCUUUAUUGACUUUCCUGUUUCAGAUCUCAUUCUACUCCUUCCUUUAUACUGCUUCUAGCCUCCAUAUAGCUGCCAAAUCUAACAUCCCAGAGAGAGGUUAAUGACUUUUCAAGAGCCUAUCAUUGGUUAGAGGUGCUUUGUAAGCACACAAAGCCCUAUCUGCUACUGAUUAGCCGCCUGUAAAUGUGAUCAGCUAUUUCAGUCCCAUCUCUUUUUUUUAUCCCAUUUGGGGUUUUCUUGG